UCCAGGCUCAUGGCAACACCAAUAGUUCACCAGAAGGAAAAAUAGGGUUUUUUUUUCCUAUUUGUCCAAAAAGAUUGUGAAACUCAGUUAUGCAAAACCAGCGAUACCCUCCUCCCCUGGUGCAGAAACACCAAAACUUAUGUAACUCUGCAACUAAUCUUCAGUAAUCUUGAGUGAGGCAUUUAAAUCCAAGGAAUAAGCCUAUUUUUUCCCCAAGCUUAUCAAUAGAACAAAAAAGAGAAGAAAAAAGAAGCAAAGUCCAGCCAGGGUUGUAAUAUUUGUUUCCUGUGAGCAGUGUCCUGACUUUCUUCGGACAGCAAACUCUCCUGCAGCGCAAUUUCCUACUCAUGGCUCCUGAACAUUAAAAGAAAAGCUGCUUUAGGGCUUGAAGAGCACUCACAGCGGAACCAUGGCAAUCGCUACGCUGGCUCUGUACCAUUCCCUUGUUUUUGUCUGGUAUAUUUUUGUAACCUAUUCAAUCUCACUGGUAAGAGCCGAAGACCGGCCGUCUGAAGUGUUCCUUUAUGGUAGGCAGUGGAAAUAUCUGACAGUUCUCAAUCUGGUUUUGCAGGCUGUUUUCUAUGGGAUCUCCUUCCUGGCUGAUGUGUUGAGACUAAUUAAGAAACUGCCAAGUGUUAAGUACAUAAUUUCCUGCAGAGACCUUCUCUUCAGUGUCCUGGCUUUCCCUCUGUCCACGUUUGUGUUUAUGUCCUUUUGGGUAUUGUAUACGUACAACCGAGAACUGGUUUACCCCAAGAGCCUGGAUGGGAUCAUUCCAAUGUGGUUAAAUCAUGCUAUGCACACUAUUGUAUUGCCACUUGCUCUGCUGGAGAUCUUCGCUACCCCUCACCGUUAUCCACCAAAGAAGAAAGGACUGAUCCUAUUAGGAUUUGUUUCUGUAGCCUAUCUCAGCUGGGUCCUGUGGAUUUACUCUGUAACCGGAGAGUGGGUAUAUCCUCUCUUCACCUUUUUCAGCCCAGUGGGUCUAGCGGCCUUUUUCUGCAGUAGCACUGUCCUCAUUGUCUGGAUCUACAACAUUGGAGAGUUUCUCAACCGUAUGAUUUGGGGAGAUACAGUAGUAAUACUGGAAUACAAGAGGAAGGGCAAAUGAAGCUUUCUUUUCAAAGGAGUGCUCCCUCCAUGAAUUCUGAAGCCAUGAAGUAGAGGGAAAGAAAUGCCACUGUGAUAAACUCCUUCUCCAACGUACUGUGUCUUCUGGUGAAUCCAUUUGGUCAUCAUAACCAUGGAAACUUGUGGAAAAUAUUAAAUGAUAGUAUUUUACAGGAUGGUUAUGAAACAAAGCAACUGCUACGAAUAAGGAAAUGCAUGCAUCUGUGUACAAGAUUUCUCAUCCCUUACACAAUAUACAUUAGGAUAUGUCUGUGGUAAACUUGUAACUGGCAAAUAAAUUACCUCAUGACCUUGCAGUGGGACUGGCACCACAUCUUUAAAUGCCCCGUGAAAGCAAGCACUUGUUACUCAGUACUUGUUUCGCUCACCUAAUGUUUUUCUAGAAGUCCAGAUGGAAAAAUAAAAAAGAGUAAUAAUUUUAACAUUGCCAUGACAUCCAAAAUUAGAAAAAUAUUAAAGAUAAUAAAAACCACCAUUUUUGCAACAGGCAACAUACAUAUUAAUAUGUAUAACUUUUUCUUCUUAAUUUCUAACAAGAAUGCAAUACUUUUUCUUUUUUGGUUUCAGGUAAUCUUGAAGCAAAAGUAAGCUAAGUAAUUUUACUGACUGCAGGAUUGCUUUGACAGAAAGUAUGUUAAUUGAAAGUACUGUUUAACAUAAAGCUGCCUGCCAUAAAAUUGUAUUACAUUCAUAUGUUUACUAACCUUGCUUGAUAUACUCGAUUUCUAUUAUUAGCCUCAACAUUUUGUUAAUAACUAGAGCACUGGAGAGAUGCUUUGCAAAUCCAAAUAAACAAACAAAAACAAGUCCUGGAGUGAAAGUGUACUUGAAUGGUCAGCAUAAAAGAAUAUCUCUGU